UAUAAAGAACUGUAGCCAUCUUGAUCGCAAAGAUUCGAGUUUCUGCUGGUCUUGUUUAGUAGAUUAAUUCAUCAUGGCGUUAGCUACUGCAAAUAGAUUCUUCGAUAAUGAAGAAAGCAUUUAUAAUUUAAUUCCUCAAAUCCAUGAACAACCACAGAAAGCGCCUAAAUAUAGAUCAACAUUUUCCAACUCUGUAAGAAAUGAGUUCACAAAUCUAAAGACAACUUCAAAAACUAUGGGUCCACCUAAAGUACCACUCCAGCCACCAAAUGAAUUUCUCAAAAAGCGUUCAAAGGAACCACAAUUACCUGAAAAAACUGAUUUCAAGUAUGCUGAUGAUGACAAGAAAAAGCCAUCAGUACCAAAACACAAUGAAAAGCCUCUAAUGGGAAUCAGAUCUAACAAGAAUUUCAUCAAAACAAAUGCUGUUGAAAACAUUAUGUCUGUUCCUAAGAAACCAGAAAAAAAGUUUGCUGAUACAAGAAUUGGUGCUACACAUCCACUGACUCCGUCUGGUUUGACUCCAAAGUUCACUCAGAAAAAAGACUAUGGACGCACUCCUGAAUAUUUGGAGAGAAGAAAAGCUGAGGUUGAGAGAGCACAGAGAGAUUAUGAAGCAUAUGUACAAGAAAGAAUGAGACAAGGGGCAAUGAGAAAAAUUACUGGCAGUGAAAGACAAGGAAUUAUUGAUGGUCUCAAAAAGAAUUGGGAAGAUCUUCAUCAUCAGUAUCAAGGACUAUCUGUUGUAACUGAUACGGCACCAAAAAAGGCUAGGAAAGAACGAAUGGAAGCUGAAAUGAAACAACUAGAAAGAGACAUUGAAACAAUAGAAAAGCACAGAGUAAUUUACAUUGCAAACUAAGGACACUUAGCUGUUAUAGAAAUUUUGAAAUAUUUUUUACAAAGAUAACUAUAUGGAGAACUUGAUAAACUAUAUAUAGUAUUACUAUGUGCCAAAAACCUAGUCUUUUUCAUCAAAAAAUAUUGAUUUAGUCUAACCAUAAACAAUGCACAAACAAACCUUUUUGAACAUCCAUAACUAUGGUUUUACGUUUCAAGUUUUUUUUCUGGUUUAAUCUACAAUAUUGUGGGUUGAAGUGUUACUGAAAUAAUCUCAAAUUAUGUAAAUAUGUACAAAUAAAAGUAAUGCAAGCAAGAUAAAAGUUUUGUACUUUAUUAACAAUGAGUAAUUAAAGCAGUACUAUUAGA